AUGGGGAGAGGGAAAGUUGAGCUGAAGAGAAUAGAGAACAAGAUAAACAGGCAGGUGACAUUUUCAAAGAGAAGAGGAGGUUUGUUGAAGAAGGCUCAUGAAAUCUCUGUGCUUUGUGAUGCUGAAGUUGCUUUGAUCGUUUUUUCGAACAAGGGCAAGUUGUUUGAGUACUCUACUGAUUCUGGCAUGGACAUGAUCCUGGAUAAGUAUGAAAGGUAUUCAUUUGCAGAGAGACAAUUGGUCUCCAAUGAACCUGAAUCACCUGCAAAUUGGACAAUUGAAUACAGCAGACUUAAGGCCAGAAUUGAGCUCUUGCAGAGAAAUCAUAGGCACUACAUGGGCCAGGAUUUAGACUCAAUGAGCCUCAAAGACCUUCAGAAUUUGGAGCAGCAACUUGACACCGGUCUUAAGAACAUCCGAUCUAGAAAAAAUCAGCUCUUGUACGAUUCGAUUUCCGAGUUGCAGCGAAAGGAGAAGGCCAUACAAGAGCAAAACAGCAUGCUGACUAAGAAGAUAAAAGAGAAGGAGAAGGAAAUAGGGCAACAAGCACAGUGGGCCCACCAAAACCACCCCCAACCGCUGCCGCCACUUCCGCCACCACCACCGCCGUUCCUCAUUUCAUCUCAGCCUCCUUGCUUGAACAUUGGAGACGGAUCGUAUGAAGAGGCAGCCGAGGCAAGGAGAAACGAGCUUGAUCUCACUCUCGACUCGAUGUAUUCGUGUCAUCUUGGAUGUUUUGCUGCAUGA